AGAGAGAGGACGGAAAGAGAGCGAGAGUUUCUUCAAUGAAAAGAAGAGAAGACUGAACACUCUUUUAAAAGACGUAUGUGGGGAGUUCAGGUGAUGGACGGCUGCAGCACCUUCACUCAUCAUCAUGCAACCUUGAUUUGAUGGCUGUGACGACUAUGGUGUCCUGCGAGGAAGAUAGUUUUCUAUUUGUUUCUUGACAGGAGGCGGCUUGACAGGAAACAAGAGACCAGGGAGAACCUGACAGACAAAAAGGAGGAGAGGAAGAGGACGGAAAGAUGAGAAAGUGACAAACUGGAUCGUUGCUUUUGAACGGAGGCAGAAGUACCCACAGCGACACAGAGACUACACGUCCCAUCAUCCUACAGGCCCCAGAUCUGAUUGGAUGGUUUUGGCAGAAUGACAGCCGAAGAUCCUGCUUCUUCCUCAACCAUGAGCAAUAACUCCGCCCCCUCCAAACUGUCCAAACCCUCUGGUGCACCCCACAACUCUCUUCACGGACAGAUUAGCAUCCCUGACGGGGUUGCAGGUUCUCAUAAUGAGGCUGCACUGGUGGCCCUGAUGGAGCGCACCGGCUACGGUAUGGUCCAGGAAAAUGGUCAGCGUAAAUAUGGCCCUCCACCCGGAUGGAACGCUCAAUCUCCACCACGAGGAUGUGAAAUCUUUGUGGGCAAGAUCCCACGGGACGUUUAUGAGGAUGAGCUGGUCCCGGUGUUUGAGUCCGUAGGGCGCAUCUAUGAGAUGCGGCUCAUGAUGGACUUCGAUGGGAAGAACCGAGGGUACGCGUUUGUUAUGUACACAGAAAAACAUGAGGCCAAGAGGGCUGUACGUGAGCUCAACAACUAUGAAGUGCGGCCCGGGCGGCUCCUGGGAGUCUGCUCAUCUGUAGAUAACUGCCGUCUUUUCAUUGGUGGCAUUCCCAAGACCAAAAAACGUGAGGAGAUCCUUGAAGAAGUCUCCAAGGUUACAGAAGGGGUUCUAGACGUGAUAGUUUAUGCCAGUGCAGCAGACAAGCUGAAGAACCGAGGCUUUGCCUUUGUAGAGUACGAGUCGCACCGGGCAGCUGCCAUGGCUCGCAGGAAGUUGAUGCCUGGACGCAUUCAGCUUUGGGGACACCAGAUAGCAGUAGACUGGGCUGAGCCAGAGAUCGAUGUGGACGAAGACGUCAUGGAGACAGUAAAGAUCCUUUACGUAAGGAAUCUUAUGAUGGAGACCAGUGAGGAGACGAUCAGACAGGUGUUCAGCCAGUGGAAUCCUGGAUGUGUUGAACGUGUGAAGAAGAUCCGCGACUACGCCUUUGUCCAUUUUACCUCCCGGGACGAUGCGGUCGUGGCCAUGGAUCAUCUCAAUGCCACAGAGGUGGAAGGAUCCUGUAUCGAGGUGACACUCGCCAAGCCAGUUGACAAAGAGCAGUACUCCCGCCAGAAGGCCUCCAAGGGGGCCUCUGCCACUCCAGAACCUACUCAGCAGAACUACGUUUACCAGUGUGAUCCCUACACAUUGGCCUACUAUGGUUAUCCUUACAACACCCUCAUUGGACCCAACAGGGAAUACUUCGUCAAAGGACCCCCAAUGAUACAGAACAAUGCAGGUACUGUGCGAGGUCGUGGUCGUGCCGCUGCAGGUAACCGUACCCCUGGACCACGGGGGUCUUACCUGGGGGGUUAUUCUGCUGGUCGUGGCAUCUACAGCCGCUACCAUGAGGGCAAGGCCAGGCAGCCUGAAAAGCCCUAUGAGUUGAUGCCCAGUCUGGAGCUUGCUGCCUCCGUCAACCCUGUUGGCAUCAAACCUGGCACAAUGGCGUUGCAGACUCUGGGUGGGCAGUACCCGGUGUUCAGCGCGGCUCCUGCAGCCAAGCUGAUGGAGGAGGGGAAGGUGCACACUGUGGAGCACCUUAUCAACCCUCUGGCCUUACAACACGCUGAACACACCAAUGCUAAUGCUGCUGCCACCGUCCUGCCUUCAGUCUCCACCCCUCCACCCUUUCAGGGCCGUCCAAUCACUCCCGUCUACGCCAUGGCGCACAAUGUCCAGCGUAUCCCCACGGCCGGCGGCCUUUAUGGAGCCGGAUACGUCCCCAUCGCAAACUAUGCCGCCAACACAGCGGCUCUGGCUGCUCUGCAGAAGAAUGCAGCGGUGGCGGCUGCAGCGUACGGAGGCUACACGGGCUAUGCGGUGCCACAGGCCUUCCCUGCCACGGCCUUCCAGCUGCCCAUCCACGAUGUCUACCAGACGUAUUGAUGGCGGGGGUCCGACCAAGGAAAACGGCAAAGUUUCCCAAGCUGUGACUGAACCACUGCAACAUGUGUUUGUCCCAUCAUGCAGAAAAACAUCACUUGAACUUGCGGACAUCCAAAAGCUCUAAAUCAACGUCAUUUGAAGCAAAUAUCUGUCACUCCUCCGGGGGCCCUCGACGUGGACCUCAAGCGGCCAUGUGACAUUCUGAAUCAUGCAGCAGCUCUGUGUUUUUACUUUUACUGAAAACAGUGAGGACAGUCCAUUUAAAACAAGCAUUACUCACAACGACCACAGUCACAAUUAUCAUCUCGCUAUCUUUCCUUUAAUGUGUCUCAGACCCCUUCCGCCUCGUUGCUAUGGCAACGGAAACACUGAAGGUACACACACGAGUAUUUAUGAAGAGAAGAUUUGAUGUUUUAUUCUCUGUAGUUUUAUCUCUUAAACGGGGUGUUUUUUGUUUUUCUCAAACAGGAAAGACCUUUACACUAUGUCUUAAAAGAAUGGUUUUUUUUUUGAGUGUUAAACCUUGGAGGUAAAAAGAAAGAAAGUAUAUUUAAUUGAAAAGAUAAAAAUGACAACUGGAACUACUGACGAAAGAGAAUACCACUGAAGAAAAACUGCUUUUUGCAUAAUACUAACGUGUUUUUUUAGUUCUUGUUUCUUUCCAUUGAUAUAUAGUAAUUUAGCCAACUGUACAUGCGGUAAAGGUUGAUGCUGUCCGUCCAUGCUGGUUGAGUGUGUAUACUUCAAACAGGCCGUCUUUGGUACUUUUUUUGGUUCAUUUACUUUUAUUUGUGUUUUAAAUGAAGGUUUUAAGUGUUGUUGUUUUUCACUUGCUUAUUUCUAGUUUGCCUUUGUAACUUUUGGAAACAUUUAUCUUGAAGAAAACUUGCCAGCUAAGUAAUAUUGUAAAGGCAGAUUCCUUUGGGGAGCAGAUACGCAAGAAAGAAAAACUGGAGAGCUUUUUUUUUUUUUAAAUGAUGGGCUGCGUGGUUUAUCUACACCCCCUGGUAGACAGCGAUGUACUCUGAGAUGUUUCUCUUCCCUGAGAAACUGCACCUACAGGGGAUUAAGACUGAACAGAUGUUAGGUUUUUUUUUUUCUCAUUUAUGUAUAAUCUUUAUUGUUGUUUUUUUUAUUGUUUGAGGUGAACAAAUAUGGACAGAAAUGAGAGACAUUUUUUCCACAUGGACUGGAGCAAUCUAUCUAUUAAAGCGCUCCUUUUUUUUCUGCCGAUGCCAACCAAAAAAAAAAGAAAAAAAACCUAAAGGCUACACUCCAUUUUCUGUGCCUGACUACAGUGCCUUACAUCCACAUAUAGCCUACUAUGUGUGCUCACCUACGCAUCACACUGUGCCUUGUUUAGUGCAAAGUGAAGCCUUGGUGGUUGGCGCAUUGGAUUUUUCUCCAUAUAUUUGUCCAUUGAUCCAGAUUGGUGGUAUUACUGAGACAAGAAGGUUCCGAUCUCAAGGCUACCUCUCCGUCCUGUAGUCUCUUUCUCUUAACUCUUCUGCAGUAACACUCCAUCUGUCUCCUCAUGAUUUCUCGUCCUCCAAACUGUGCUUGACCAAGGUGCACUUAAAACGUAUUUAUAAAAGGCAAGAGAUUGCAACAUACAAGUGAAGAGAUUUGAAAUACUGAAUAUGAAUUCAAGUGUGAACUUGGCCUUUUUCAUUCUCGGUAUAUGUGCUUUUUUUUUUUUUUUUCUUUGUGGAUAAGGCAAAAAAAAAACAUUUAAAAAAUAAACAGAUGAAUGUUUAGUAGGCACUUUUUUCAACUCUGCAGUGUGUUGGAAACAGGUAUAAUGUUGGACUGGGUAAAACUGGAACAAUACCUCAAGCUGGAAUAAACAAGUAGCCAUGCGUGUAAGUGCCACUCAACAAACAGAGCGGCUGUGACGAUAACAGUCAUUAUACAAGAGCAGGCCAAAUAUUUGAAUUGCUGGCUUAUAGAAUCCUUUAAUUCUUUAUUCUUUUUUGGUUUAAAUGGGAUUUUUAUUUGCUAAUUUUCCAUCAUCUUCUCAUAUAUUUGACUACAUAUUGUCAAAAAUACAACACAACGAGUUAGACUUUGAGGAUAUUUGAGAUUACAUAUGAGGUCAGGGGUUUUUUGGGACCAAAAACUAGAAAUAAAAGAUCUAAUUUCCCAAAAAAAAGAAAGAAAAAGAUUGAAGUCUCAUCUCACUCCGUCUUCUACGCUCAGCUUCUUCUCUCCUCUCUGAAAGUGGGUUUGACUUAGAAGACAAACUGCUGAUAACUGCUUUUAUUAUUUUCUUGUAUGAUGACAAUAAGGAUAUAUUUAAUAUAUGCAAUACAUGUGUUGUCUAUGAAGUGAGAAGAAAAGGUAUAAUAUAUUCUUAAACAUAUGACUUUUCUGUAUUUUACAUCUUGUUUAGGGAUAAAGUCAGAGUAACAAACGUAGAAAAAAAUAUGUUGGUGUUUUUUUUUGUUGUUUUUUUUUUUUUGCCAAAGUGUCCGAUAGUUUUUAAAAUUUCAAGGGUAUUGUUUUUGUUAAAUAUGAUAUUCUGUAUGCUAUUUUUGAACUGGAUUUGGUGUUCUGAGUGGGAAUAAAAUGGCUCCUUUUUAUAUUAGUUUGAACAUCAAAAUCUUUAAACUGUACCUUUGUGACAGCCUGAAGUCACUUUGAGCUUUUCAACUUGGCAUGUCAGUUUUUGGAGGAACAGUUUUAAAAAAAAUCACAUUAAAGCAGCCAUUCAGUCUUUACAUUUUAGAUGGCAGAAAACUGUCUGGUUCUGCCUCCCACUCAAAACACCUGCUUGACUUUCUUUUGCCUGCAUUUCACCCACACUGCAGACCCCGGUGUCAGUAGUAGUGGCGCUUUAUGCCUAGUUUAACAUAGGUGUUACCAUUUUAACUCUUCCUAGUGUGUGCCUUAUUGCCAAAUUGUGCCCUUUGCUAUGCCUUUGUAGACCGAUGCAGACUGUUUUCUAUCUGAAGUUUGUUUAAAAAAAAAAAAGAAGCUUGUUCUGUAUUGUUAUAUUUAUAGUGAUAAAGUAGAAAAAUAAAGCAUUUUCAAAAGGA